CAUGUUCGCUUGCGGUUCUGGUUUAAUCGUUAAAAAAUUGAUUUUUGUGUAAAACUAUUGCUUAUAAAGUUGUCACAGAAGAUCAGUUGUUUUCGGAAGCCUGCAGAAAACAUUCUACAACAUUUAUUAACGCAGGAUGGUGAAACGAAAUCAUAAGUAUCAAUCCGGCGAGGGGGCCCAGUACAUGACGCGAAAGGCAGCAAUGCGUAAACUGCAGCUUUCCAUGCAGGAUUUCCGUCGGUUAUGUAUCUUGAAAGGAAUCUAUCCUCGGGAACCCAAACACCGAGUAAUUGCCCAGCGGGGCAGUACUGAUAUUAAAAUUUUGUUCCAUAAAAAGGAUAUAACUUUCUUGCUGCAUGAGCCAAUUGUCUGGACGUUACGAGAUAGAAAAAUUUUCAACCGACGUAUAGCACACGCUCGUGCUAAAGGAAAUAAUUUGCUUAAAAACGUUCGGAUGGCCAAUUACCCGGAAAUAAAGCUAGAUCAUAUUAUCAAGGAACGUUUUCCUACCUUUAUGGAUGCGCUUAAGGAGUUGGACGAUUGCAUGACAUUGCUGUUUCUCUUCAGUACGUUCCCAGCGACGAAAGUUAUCACAAGAGAUCUUACUUCGCUAGCAAGGAGACUAACAAUUGAGUUUAUGCAUUAUGUGAUCGCAGCAAAAGCCCUGAGAAAGGUGUUUGUUUCAAUUAAAGGCUACUACUUUCAGGCGGACAUUAAAGGAGAGCUGGUCACGUGGAUUGUACCGCAUUAUUUCCCCUUCCAGCCGCAAAGAAAAGAAUAUGUAGACUUUAAAAUUAUGCGUUCGUUUGCCGAUUUUUUCACUGUGAUGGCUGGUUUUGUCAAUUUUAGACUGUAUAAUACACUAAAUUUGGUCUAUCCCCCGACGUUUUCUGUUUCGUUGGAUUCUGACAACAGUCAAACCAGUGAAGAUACGUUUGUUUCGGAGCGAAUCGCUGCUUUGAACAUGGACUUGUUGCGAUCGGACAGUGGAACAGUAGAGGAAGAAGAGGAGGUCAUCGAUUUCCAAUUGUUGGAAGGUGAUAAGGACUCGGAGCAAGCAAGGAAAAUCCGAGAGGAAGCCGUCAGCUUAAACAAACUGAAGACUUUGUUUAAAGGCUUUAAAUUUUUCAUCAACCGGGAGGUCCCUCGUGAGCCACUUGUAUUUAUUAUUCGUUGUUUCGGCGGUCGAGUUUCGUGGGAUAAAAAUCUUUUUGUUGGCGCUACUUUUGAUGAAUCCGACGAAACCAUCACACAUCAAAUUGUAGAUCGACCAAGUCUCAGCAAGCAGUACAUUUCUCGAGAUUACGUUCAACCACAAUGGAUCUUCGACAGCGUUAAUCAGAGAAAGCUUUUGCCAACUAACAAAUAUUUGAUCGGUGCAAUUUUGCCACCCCAUUUGUCACCGUUUCACCGUGAUGACGCGAUCUACGUUCCACCUGAGGAAGUCAAUUUGCAGGAAGGUAAUGAUUUCGAAAAGCAGAAUCGCGAGGAUGGAAUUUCCGAUGACGAAGAGGCGGAUGAGCAGCAGCAUCGUUUAGAGGAAGAAACUGCUCGCAAGCAGGUUCAGCUGGAUUACGCUUUGGAAAAAGCUUUCCGAGAAGAAAAUUCAGAAAUGUACAAUUCCGGAGACAAAACGGAGGGUAAGCCAGAGAACGCUGAUCAGGAGGAUGAGGAACAUCCGGAGGAAGAAGAUAAUAAAAGGCAAGAGAAAAAGAAGAAGAUGACGGUAGUCAGCGGAAAAAUUUUCAAAGAAAAUCCAAAGGAGCAGAAACAGCUGACCAAGCAGGAGGAAGCGCUGCGAGCGAGAAUGGUCAAAUCAAGGCAUAAGAAACUGUACCGUAAGAUGAUGGACAAACAGAAGAAGGCAACCAAGGAAGCGAACCUGUUGAAGGAAAAAAGGCAGCAAAUCGACAAACAAAAACGGGUGGCACAGACGGAGAAGAGAAAAGCCGAAAGGAAAAAUAUUUUGUCAAAUUAGGUGCGAAAUAAGAGUUUAGUUAACGAUUCAUAUUUCAUGUUAAAACUACUGUAUUGUUUUUGAAACCUAUUUAAUAAGAAUAGAUUUCCAUUCAAAAUUAAAACCUGUAUGAGAUCAAAAUUGCUCUUUUGUAGAAUGAUACAAAGUUGGGUCAUUUGGCAUUAUUCCUGUACAGGAUGUUUUCCAUCGUAAGAAAGUUCUUGAG